GCACUGCUUAGCUUUAUUAUAUCCCCCAUUCAAAAGCCUACCGAUUCAGCAUGGCCGUGUGUGUUUUAGUAUGGAUUCAGCAUAAGGAACCCCCAGUUCUGUUGGACUCAAAUUCCUUUCUCGGCACUCGGUGUCCUUUACACGAAAAAUUCGUCUCAUCAUGCAGUACGGCGAUGAAGACUGCGAACCAACUGACACUGGUCCUUGGAGCAGAGACACGCAAUGCUGCCAUCCAUAUUGAACCAGAGUGGUGUACAGAGGUCGGUCCACGGCACAGUUGACAGCGCAGAAGAGGGACACGAAAAGCCAAGAGAAAAGACGCCUGAUUUGGAGAGAGCCUGCCCAAGUAACAGUGCGUGCGGUUCACGAUUGAAUGCCCAGCAAUUGUAGAC